AUGGAAGUAUUUGAACUUCUAUUCUUAUUAUCUCUGUUUCAACUUGUUUUAUGCUGCAUUCCAACUACAAGUCCUGAGUCAGCUUGGAGUCCAGAAGAAAAUGCUUCACGGAGUAGUAAGAAGUUUAAAUCACAAGAAGAAAAUCGACGACCACGAAGAAACAUAACUAAUAUCGACAAAAACCCUGGUACUAAUCGUAACAAUUCAGAUGAAGAGGGGAGCGGUAGCGAUGGAGGUAAUGAGAAUGAUGAUAAUGGUAACCCAUUUGAGUUACCAAUGGAUUUUAUAGACACUGGAGGACAAUGCAUCAAUCCGUAUAAAAAUGAUUGCUUGACAGGUACAGUUAGAAUGACGUGUGCUUCUUCAACAGAAGCGCAAGUCGACGAGUUAAGAGUUCAAAUAGAUAUGAUGUGGGUGCGUACCUUAACAUUUAUCUGUCCAUUGGGAACAUCUCCAUACGCCUUGACUGUGGGAAAUAUGACGCCGAUGCAAAUACCUCCAGUUCCUCUUAUAUGUUCCGAUACAAUUUUAGAUGGAGAGGAAGAGAAACAGUAUAAACUUCCAGCUGGUGACAACGUGAUGGAACUUUCAUGUAUGAGUGUAUAUUGA